UGCACACACAGAAAGGGAGAGAGAGAGAGAUGGGGAAAGCAGCAGUUGUAAUGGCUGGUGGGCAUGGUCACAACAGCUACAAGCACAACUCCAAGUACCAAGUAUCGGACCAGGUGCGCGACUACAACGGACAUGGUAAAAGAGGUAAUUCACCAGAAGCUUGAGAUCCCAACUGAAGCGGCCACCAUUUCAGUUGCAGACUUGGGCUGUGCAGUGGGUCCGAACACCUUCCACUCUAUUCAGACUGUUGUGGACGCCAUGAAUGCUAAGAUCAAGAGAUCUUCGAGCCACCAAGUAGGGGCGUUCGAGUUCCAGGUCUUCUUCAAUGACCAAAUAGGGAACGACUUCAACACCCUUUUCGAGUCGCUCCCACCGAACCGCCAGUACUUUGUGGCAGCGGUGCCUGGUUCGUUCUACUCGCGCCUCUUUCCUCCGAACUCGAUUCACUAUUUCAAUUCAUCCCUGGCGCUGCACUGGCUGUCAAGGGCGCCGAGUGGGCUCGUCAACAAGGGCAGGGUGCACUGCCAUGGCGGGGGCGCUGAGGCAGUGGCUGCCUACGGUGUCCAGUUCAGGGCAGACAUUGCUGCCUUCUUGGAGGCCAGGGCGGUGGAGCUGGUGCGCGGAGGACUCCUUGUGAUGCUGUUUGUCUGUCGACAUGAGUGGAUGGAGCCAGAUGCGCCACGUUAUGACAUGUGGUUUGCUCACAUAGAGUCCAUCCUUCGUGAAUUGGUAGCUGAGGGGGAGGCAAGAGAAGAAGAUCUGGACUCCUUCCAACUGCCGAUCUAUUCUCCGACGGUCGGAGAGUUCAGAGAGGUAGUAGAGAUAAACGGCUCCUACGCCAUUCACGUGGCGGAGAAGGUGGAUGAAGGGUGGGCAUCAAAUGGUGUUGGCAAGGAACAGGAAGAUCGGCGGAAGCCCGACCUCGAUGAACUGGCGAGAGACAUGAGCCGUGCAACAAGGGCGGUGUUCGAGGACAUCGUCGGCGACCACUUCGGGAAGGACGUCGCCGGAGAAGUGUUCCGGAGGUUACCGGAGACAGUCUAUCAGUUCUUUCUGGCUCAACCCACCAUGCCCACCUUGCCGCCCACCGCUUUCUUUGUGUUACAGAAGAAAUGUUAGCAGCUGUUAAUUGUGAAUCUCGCAGAAUUAAUGAGCAGUUGCAACAGGAUUGGAGCUUAAAGAUGAUGGUGCUCUUAUUUUCUCUCUCGAUCUCUCAGAAACGAAGAUGGUACUGAUUUAUGGACAAAACGAUCGCAGAUCACGAACUUCUUAUCAAAUCG